GCAGAGCAGAAAGUGAGAGGAGGACAGACGUGUGCAGACCAGAGCGCACCAACUCCACAAAGACAAGACAGGAGAAGAGUUUGGAAGGAGAGCACAAGAAACCAAAAAGAUUUUUUUAAAUUUUUAAUUUUACGACAAACUAGUGGAUAUCAAACCUGCUUUAUAAAUACUGAAGAACAACAAAAAAGGGAUUGUUGUGGCUUCAUUUUUGAGAAGAAACUCUUUUUCUGUUGAUGUUCACCAAGUCAUUCAACUGAUUCCAGCAGACUUGUGAGGUGUUGCAGGACUUUGGGAAGCAGAAGCGGUGAAGGAAAGGUUGCUGUGGUGAACAUGUCCAUUCAAGAUAGCCGCUUUGAGCCAAGAAUGGGCAGACUGGCCGGACAGUGGAUGUGGGUGGUGAUGCUCUUUGCCCUGGUUGUAGGCAAAGCCGGUGCCUGCCCAGCCUUGUGUACCUGCAGUGGCACCACAGUAGACUGCCAUGGACUGGCUCUCAAAUCCAUGCCAAGGAAUAUCCCCCGCAAUACUGAAAGACUGGAGCUGAAUGGAAAUAACCUCACACGCAUCACCAAGAGUGACUUCACUGGUCUGAAGUACCUCAGAGUUCUACAGCUGAUGGAGAAUCACAUUACAGUGAUCGAGCGAGGGGCCUUUGAUGACAUGAAGGAGCUGGAGCGACUGAGGCUGAACCGUAAUCAGCUGCAACAGCUUCCCGAAUUGCUGUUUCAGAAAAACCCUGCCCUGUCUCGACUAGAUCUGAGCGAGAACUUUAUCCAGUCCAUCCCCAGGAAAGCGUUCAGGGGAGCCACAGACAUCAAAAACCUCCAGCUGGAUAAAAACCACAUCAGCUGCAUCGAGGAUGGAGCCUUCAGAGCUUUAAGAGGCCUAGAAGUCCUAACGCUGAACAACAACAACAUCAGCAGCAUCCCCGUCUCCAGCUUCAACCACAUGCCCAAACUCCGGACUUUCCGUCUCCACUCCAACAACUUGAACUGUGACUGUCACCUGGCUUGGCUGGCUCAGUGGCUCAGACAGAGGCCUACAAUCGGUCUAUUCACCCAAUGCACCGGCCCUCCCGAGCUCAGAGGACUCAAUGUGGCAGAGGUCCAGAAACAUGAAUUCAGCUGCUCAGGACAUCAGGAGUCCUCCAGUUUGCAGCCAUGCAGCACCGGUGGAGGCUCUUGUCCCGCCAUGUGCACCUGCAGUAACAACAUCGUGGACUGCAGAGGAAAAGGACUGACUGCCAUCCCAGCCAACUUACCUGACAGCAUGGCUGAAAUACGUCUGGAGCAGAACGGGAUUAAGUCUGUCCCUCCCGGAGCCUUCUCUCCCUACAAGAAACUUCGUAGGAUAGACCUGAGCAACAACCAGAUCUCAGAGAUAGCUCCAGAUGCCUUCCAGGGUCUGCGUUCUCUCAACUCCCUCGUGCUGUAUGGAAAUAAAAUCACAGAUUUGCCCAAGGGGGUGUUUGACGGCCUCUACUCCUUGCAAUUGCUGUUGCUGAAUGCCAAUAAGAUUCACUGCGUUCGUGCCAACGCCUUCCAGGAUCUGCAGAAUCUCUCACUGCUAUCGCUGUACGAUAACAAGAUCCAAACACUCGCCAAGGGCACCUUCACGUCACUGCGAGCGAUACAGACCCUUCACUUGGCCCAGAACCCGUUCAUCUGUGACUGUAACCUGAAGUGGCUGGCAGACUACCUGCGCUCCAACCCGAUUGAAACCAGCGGCGCCCGCUGCGCGAGCCCUCGCCGUCUCGCUAACAAACGCAUCGGACAAAUCAAGAGCAAGAAGUUCCGCUGUUCUGCCAAAGAGCAGUACGUCAUCCCAGGUACUGAGGACACCCGUCUGAAUAAUGCCUGCAACACGGAUCCAGUUUGUCCUCCCAAGUGUCGCUGCGAGUCAAAUGUGGUGGACUGCUCCAACCUGAAGCUCACCAAGAUCCCCGAGCACAUCCCUGCAUCCACAGCUGAACUUCGCCUUAACAACAAUGAGCUCACAACUCUGGAGGCAACUGGAGUCUUUAAGACCCUUUCCCAACUCAAGAAAAUUAACCUCAGCAACAACAAGCUCACAGAGAUUGAGGACGGGGCAUUUGAAGGUGCAUCGUCCGUCAUUGAGCUUCACCUCACAGCCAAUCAAAUCGACUCGGUGCGGAGCGGCAUGUUUCGAGGCCUCGAGGGGCUGCGUAUGCUGAUGUUACGGAACAACAAGAUCAGCUGUGUCCACAACGACAGUUUCACAGGCCUUCAUAACGUCCGUCUGCUCUCUCUGUACGACAACCAGCUGACCACAAUCACUCCGGGAGCCUUCGACACACUGCAGACUCUCUCCACUCUUAACCUCUUGGCCAACUCCUUUAACUGUGACUGUCGGCUGGCCUGGCUCGGCGAUUGGCUGAGGAGCAGGAAGAUUGUGACGGGUAACCCUCGUUGCCAGCGUCCGGCCUUCCUGAAGGAGAUCCCUCUUCAAGAUGUAGCUCUGCCUGACUUGCGCUGUGAGGAUGGUGGGUGGGAGAUGUGUGAAGAAAUGGAAGAUGUGUGUGCUCCAGGACGAAGCCCCUGCAAACAUCAGUCUACCUGCCUCAUCACCACAUCUGGACCUAAGUGUGUGUGUUCUCCUGGUUACGUUGGUGACGACUGCAGCGUAAACUAUAACGACUGUGAGGAGCACCGCUGUCAGAACCGAGCUCAGUGUGUGGAUGAGCUCAACGGUUACUCCUGCAUCUGUUCUGCAGGAUACAGCGGCCAGCUGUGUGAGGUUCCUCCUUCUCCGCUGUCUCUGUGUGAGCUGGCCGACUGUCAGAACGACGCCCCCUGUGUGGAGCGAGGUGGGCGCGCCCUGUGUCAGUGUCCUCCAGAGUUUGGGGGGCCACGCUGUGAAAAGCUGGUCAGUGUCAACUUCAUUGACAGAGACUCCUACUUACUGCUCUCUGACCUCCAGAACUGGCCCCAAGCUAACAUCACUCUGCAGGUUUCUACAGCUGAGGAUAACGGUAUCCUGCUGUACAAUGGAGACAAUGAUCAUAUUGCAGUGGAGCUCAUCCAAGGCCACGUUAAGGUUAGCUACGACCCCGGCAGCCAGCCAGGACACGCUAUUUACAGCACUGAAACUAUCAACGAUGGUCAGUUCCACACGGUGGAGCUGGUGACCUUCGACCAGAUGGUGAACCUGUCCAUUGACGGGGGUCUCCCUACCACAAUGGACAGCGUUGGGGCGGUGCGGCCCCUCAACGGGGAGGCGCCGCUAUACGUGGGGGGCAUGCCGGUGGACGUUCACUCUGGCCCUUUCCGGCUCUGGCAGAUCCAGAACGGUUCCAGUUUCCACGGCUGUAUCCAGAACUUGUACAUUAACAACGAGCUGCAGGACUUCACCAAGACCCAGAUGAAGCCCGGUGUGGUGCCGGGCUGCGAGCCGUGCAAGAAGCUCUACUGUGUUCAUGGCAUCUGCCAACCCGAUGGAGUCCAGGGACCAGUGUGCCACUGCCAACCGGGCUGGAGCGGGCCGCACUGUGACCAGCCUGCUCUCAACCCCUGUCAGGGCAGCAAAUGCGUCCAUGGAAAGUGCAUCCCUCUGGACGUGCAGUCGUACCGCUGUGAGUGCACGGAGGGUUACCGAGGCGCGCUGUGUAACCAACAAGGGGAGCUGUUCAACCCCUGCCGCCACCUCUCCUGCAAACACGGCCGCUGCCAGAUCUCAGACACAGGAGACGCUUACUGUCACUGUGAAAACGGAUACACCGGGGAUCUCUGCGACGCAGAGUCCGAGUGUCGAGGCGAGCCCGUUCGAGACUUCUACCAGGUGCAGCGAGGGUACGCCAUCUGUCAAACCACCCGCAUGGUCUCCUGGGUGGAGUGCACUGGCGUUUGUGACGCGGGGGGCUGCUGCGGCAGCCAGAGGAUGAAACGCCGGAAAUACACCUUUGAAUGCAGCGACGGAACGUCCUUCAACGAGGAGGUGGAAAAGACCAUCAAGUGUGGCUGCGUGGGCUGCAUGUAGCACCGAUGGCGCACAUUUCCUGCUGCUGGCGCGAAGCAGAAGAUGGAAAGCAGGCAAGGAAGAUAGGAAGGGUGGAAGAAAACUGCUGAAACGUGAAGGAGGAAAAGUGAAAGAGAUUAUACAGAAUAUAUACAAAACCUCUAUCUAUAUAUUAUGGACAACAAUGUUUGUAAAAUAGAACAUUUGCUCCCCUUCUGAGGGCGUGUGACCUGCAGAAAAACCAACACCAUGAGCAUCAGUGUAGAAGUGACAACAGCAACAAAACCAUCGUGUCUGCAACAUUGUUCCAACGGGGUCCAGAGAUUUUAGAAGUGCUGCAUUCAGAGUUAGGCAUCCUUCCAACCCAAACUUUCCCAUUUGAAUGCCCCCAUCUAUCUGUGAGGCCUCUGACCGAUCAGCCGCCAUCGUUCAUCGUUACUUCAUAGAGGCAGUGAGGUCUGUUUUGGCUGAGAAUGGCAGAGAGAGAACAGGACCGUUUGACUUGGCAAAGCUAUCGAGUUGAGCUUGGCUGGGUUGGGCUCUGCUGGACACGGUUUGGGUUUAGUUGCCGUCAGAUUGGUGUAGCGAUUUCCCCACCAGGAUACUUUCACCCGUCCACACAUGUACAUGUAAGAAGCAAGAAGUGGGUUAGAGCAGCACUUAAUCCUGUGCAAAUGUUGUGGCUUAAAACGAGGCUUGGUGCUCAGAGGUGAAGCGGAGCUCCCGUAGCCGUAGAGACUGCAGCGACGAGCGGCACUGGAAACAGCAGUACAUGAUCGCACACGCAUAGCACACACACAGUCUUAACACGGAUCGAGAGGCCUUGUGUGGCGCAGCUGUUCUUACAGUAAACCAGCGUGGGGGAGGCAGUGCUUCUCAGCCCCCAGCAUGCACUGCCUCAGGGUUAGGAUGAUUUUGCGUAAUCCCCGCUCCCUCUGAGCAGGAGGCCCAGUAACCCUGCUCCUCGUGCAGUAUUAAACCUGUGCAAACUGUUGCAUGUGUGAAGAAGAGGUUUUCAACACAAGUGUAGAACUUCUUCACAUCGUUAUAAAGAUUAUAAAACAAAAGGUUUAAAAAAAAAAAAAUCGCAUUUCGUUGUUUUUAUUUUGUUCUCAUUUCUCACAAGUUUAUUUUGUUAUAUAUUUUUUUCUUUUGAUGUACUCUAACUCCUUUAGCUGCCCACCCCUACAUCUCUUUAUAUUGAAAUGCCUAACAGAUUCUAAUAUAUAUACAUAUAUAUUUGUAUUUUGUUUUGGUAUAGUAUUUUUCUAUGUUAAAGAGUAAGCUUGAUUUAGGAAGCAUUUGGACUGACGGAAAAGCAUUUUGUUUAUUCUCUGUGUUUUUUUUUUGUUUUUUUAUUUUACUUUGUUGGGCUCAGCUUUUCCAACAAAGUAAAUAGUUUUUUUGUUUGUUUGUUUUUUUAAUGCAACAGCCGGUUGGCCUUGUUGUAUAGGAG